UUUCGGGUGGAAAAUGUGUCGCUUUGGGUUUGUUAUAAAACACGAUAUUUGGGUCAAACGAUCACAGUUCACUUGCAACGUUUUCGCGAUCAAAUCCAAUCAAUCGGAGCACUCAACUGUAAACAUGAAGGGAUUCAUCGCGAUCGCUGUCCUGGCUCUGGCCGCUGUCUCCAACGGAUCAUACCUGCCAGCUGUGCAGUCGGUCCUUCCGUACUCCUACAGCUCAGGACUCUAUGGUCUGAACGGCUAUGAUGGACUGGGCCAUUACUCUGGACUAGCUGGACUGGGAUACCCCUCGGUGCUGGAUCAUGGACUGUCCUACCCGUACUCGGCCGCUCUCCCGUACUCUGUCUACAACAACGGUCUGUAUGGAGGAUACUACGGCGCCAAGGUCGCUCCGACUGUGGUCCAGGCCAACGUCAACACUCUGAAGACGGUCAGCCCUCUGGGUCUGUAUGGAGGAUACUACGGUGCCAAGGUCGCUCCGACUGUGGUCCAGGCCAACGUCAACACUCUGAAGACGGUCAGCCCUCUGGGUCUGUAUGGAGGAUACUACGGUGCCAAGGUCGCUCCGACUGUGGUCCAGGCCAACAUCAACACCCUGAAGACGGUCAGCCCUCUAGGUCUUUAUGGAGGAUACUACGGUGCCAAGGUCGCUCCGACUGUGGUCCAGGCCAACGUUAACACUCUGAAGACGGUCAGCCCGCUGGGUCUGUAUGGAGGAUACUACGGCGCCAAGGUCGCUCCGACUGUGGUCCAGGCCAACGUCAACACCCUGAAGACGGUCAGCCCUCUGGGUCUGUAUGGAGGAUACUACGGCGCCAAGGUCGCUCCGACUGUCGUCCAGGCCAACGUCAACACCCUGAAGACGGUCAGCCCUCUGGGUCUGUAUGGAGGAUACUACGGCGCCAAGGUCGCUCCGACUGUGGUCCAGGCCAACGUCAACACUCUGAAGACGUUCAGCCCUCUGGGUCUGUAUGGAGGAUACUACGGCGCCAAGGUCGCUCCGACUGUAGUCCAGGCCAACGUCAACACCCUGAAGACGGUCAGCCCGCUGGGUCUGUAUGGAGGAUACUACGGCGCCAAGGUCGCUCCGACUGUCGUCCAGGCCAACGUCAACACUCUGAAGACGGUCAGCCCUCUGGGUCUGUAUGGAGGAUACUACGGCGCCAAGGUCGCUCCGACUUUGGUCCAGGCCAACGUCAACACUCUGAAGACGGUCAGCCCUCUGGGUCUGUAUGGAGGAUACUACGGCGCCAAGGUCGCUCCGACUGUGGUCCAGGCCAACGUCAACACCCUGAAGACGAUCAGCCCUCUGGGUCUGUAUGGAGGAUACUACGGCGCCAAGGUCGCUCCGACUGUGGUCCAGGCCAACGUCAACACUCUGAAGACGGUCAGCCCUCUGGGUCUGUAUGGAGGAUACUACGGUGCCAAGGUCGCUCCGACUGUGGUCCAGGCCAACGUCAACACCCUGAAGACGGUCAGCCCUCUGGGUCUGUAUGGAGGAUACUACGGCGCCAAGGUCGCUCCGACUGUGGUUCAGGCCAACGUCAACACCCUGAAGACGGUCAGCCCUCUGGGUCUGUAUGGAGGAUACGGUGUGGAGCACGGAUACGGUCUGGGUCACGGAUAUGGCUACGGAUACAACAACUACCUCCCAGUCCAGGCUCAUGCUGUGAAGUACGUUGCUGCCAAUCCGGGAGCCGUCCAUGUGGCCCCUCUCCCAGGACAUCUAGUCAACCAGAAGUCUAUUGUUGCUUAAGUGGACAGAUUGUCUAAAUAUUGUAAAUAUAGUGAUUGGUUUGGAACUUGGUAAAAA